CCCAGGCCCUGUGCAGCUCCGGAGCCUGCUGGGCUGGGCCAGAGGAAGCCAGGCUGGGAUUCCUGCCGGCACUGCUUAGAGCUGAGGACCCCGCGCAUCUGGUCAGCCCGGCCCGGAUGCAGAGGAAGAGGCUGGUGGUUCUGUGAGCAGGCCUGGCAGGGGAGUGGCGUGGGCCCCACGCUGCCCAUGGGGCUGCAGGCCCAGGGGACCCCUCCCCAACCCCGCCGGCCAGGCUCCCAGAGCCCAGAGACCUAGGCCCAUUGGUAUCACCAGAAGGAGGAUCCCCGGGCCUUGGGCUCUCCUGGGGGGAUAUGCCGGCCAAGGGGCGCUAUUUCCUCAAUGAGGGCGGAGAGGGCCCGGACCAGACGGCGCUGUACGAGAAGUACCGGCUCACCAGUCAGCAUGGGCCGCUGCUGCUCACGCUCCUGCUGGUGGCUGUCACUGCCUGUAUUGCCCUCAUUGUCAUCACCUUCGUCUGCGGGGACCCCUCCGGACACCAGGCUGUCCUGGGGAUGGCGUUCUUCACGCUUGCCUUGUUUGUGACUCUCUACGUGCUGGUGUAUAUGGAGUGUCUUGUCCGGCGGUGGCUCAGGACCCUGGCGCUGGUCAUCUGGGUCUGCCUCAUGAUGCUGGGCUACACGCUGGUGUUGGACUCGUGGAUGAAGGCUGCCCCGACCUGGGCGCAGGUGCCCUUUUUCCUGUUCAUCGUCUUCGUGGUGUACACGCUGCUGCCCUUCAGCAUGCGGGGGGCCAUCGUGGCAGGGGGAGUCUCCAGCAUCUCCCACCUCCUGGUGCUUGGAGUUCUGAUGGGGGCCUUCACGAAGCCCAGCGACUGGGUGGUACGGCAGCUGGUGGCCAAUGCUGUCAUCUUCCUGUGUGGGAACCUCACGGGCGCCUUCCACAAGCACCAGAUGCAGGACGCCUCCCGAGAGCUCUUCACCUACGCCGUGAAGUGCAUCCAGAUCCGUCGGAAGCUGCGGAUCGAGAAACGCCAGCAGGAGAACCUGCUGCUGUCGGUGUUGCCGGCCCACAUCUCCAUGGGCAUGAAGCUCGCCAUCAUCGAGCGGCUCAAGGAGCGUGGAGACCGCCGCUAUGUGCCCGACAACAACUUCCACAGCCUGUACGUCAAGCGGCACCAGAAUGUCAGCAUCCUUUAUGCUGACAUCGUGGGCUUCACGCAGCUGGCCAGCGACUGCUCCCCCAAAGAGUUGGUGGUGGUGCUGAACGAGCUCUUUGGCAAGUUUGACCAGAUCGCCAAGGCCAAUGAGUGUAUGCGGAUCAAGAUCCUGGGCGACUGCUACUACUGCGUGUCGGGUCUGCCUGUGUCCCUGCCCACCCAUGCCCGGAACUGCGUGAAGAUGGGUCUGGACAUCUGCGAGGCCAUUAAGCAGGUGCGAGAGGCCACGGGUGUGGACAUCAGCAUGCGUGUGGGCAUACACUCGGGGAAUGUGCUGUGUGGGGUCAUUGGGCUGCGCAAGUGGCAGUACGAUGUGUGGUCCCACGACGUGUCCCUGGCCAACAGGAUGGAGGCGGCUGGAGUCCCUGGCCGGGUGCACAUCACAGAGGCGACGCUGAAGCACCUGGACAAGGCGUAUGAGGUGGAAGACGGGCACGGGCAGCAGCGGGACCCCUACCUAAAGGAGAUGAACAUUCGCACCUACCUGGUCAUCGACCCCCGGAGCCAGCAGCCACCCCCGCCCAGCCAGCACCUCCCCAAGCCCAAGGGGGACGCGGCCCUGAAGAUGCGGGCAUCUGUGCGCAUGACCCGCUACCUGGAGUCCUGGGGGGCUGCACGACCCUUUGCACACCUCAACCACCGUGAGAGCGUGAGCAGCGGUGAGACCCCAGUCCCCAGCGGGCGGAGGCCCAAGACCAUUCCCCUGCGGCGCCACCGGACCCCUGACAGGAGUUCGUCCCCCAAGGGGCGGUCGGAGGAUGACUCAUAUGAUGAGGAGAUGCUGUCGGCCAUUGAGGGGCUGAGCUCCACGAGGCCCUGCUGCUCCAAGUCCGAUGACUUCUCCACCUUUGGGUCCAUCUUCCUGGAGAAGGAUUUCGAGCGAGAGUACCGCCUGGCGCCCAUCCCCCGGGCCCGCCACUACUUCGCCUGUGCCAGCCUCAUCUUCGUCUGCAUCCUGCUGGUCCAGGUCCUGCUCCUGCGCAGCAGGGCUGUUCUCGGUUUGCCCUUCGGGCUGGUGGCCUGUGUGGUGGCGCUGGUGCUGGGGCUGUGCUUCGCCCAUGAGUUCUUGAGGUGCUGCCCGGCCCGAGGGGUGUUGCAGGCCAUCUCUGAGAGCGUGGAGACCCAGCCCCUGCUGCGUUUGUCCCUGGCCGUCCUGACUAUUGGCAGCCUGCUCAGUGUCGCCAUCGUCAACCUGCUGCUGAUGCCUUUUCUGGCCCCAGAGCUGCCUGAGGGCAACCAGACAAGCCCAAGCCCGAUGGAUGUGGGCAACACGUGUGAGCCCCUCCUGUAUUUCACCUGUAGCUGCAUCCUGGCCUUUGUCGCUUGCUCGGUCUUCCUGCGGAUGAGCCUGGAGCUGAAGGUUGUGCUGUUGACCACGGCCUUGGUGGCCUACCUGGUGCUCUUCAACAUCCACCCGUGCUGGCAGUUGGACUGCUGUGGCCUCGUGGCCAACCUCACCGAGACCAACGGUACCCUCAGCUCCCCACCGUGUGUGUGGAAGGACCCGAAGGUGAUGAUCAAUUUCUAUCUGGUUCUGUUUUAUGUCACCCUCCUCAUGCUCUCCAGACAGAUUGACUACUACUGCCGCUUGGACUGUUUGUGGAAGACCAAGUUCAAGAAGGAACACGAGGAGUUUGAAACCAUGGAGAAUGUGAACCGCCUUCUUCUGGAGAAUGUCUUGCCUGCCCACGUGGCCGCUCACUUCAUUGGUGACAAGUUAAAUGAGGACUGGUACCAUCAGUCCUACGACUGCGUGUGUGUCAUGUUCGCGUCCGUGCCGGACUUCAAAGUCUUCUACACGGAGUGCGAUGUCAACAAGGAGGGGCUGGAGUGUCUGCGCCUGCUGAACGAGAUCAUUGCCGACUUUGAUGAGCUGCUCCUGAAGCCCAAGUUCAGCAGCGUGGAGAAGAUCAAGACCAUCGGCAGCACGUACAUGGCGGCUGCAGGGCUCAGCAGCCCCUCAGGGACCGAGAACCAGGACCUGGAGCGGCAGCGCGCGCACAUCGGCAUCAUGGUGGAGUUCAGCAUCGCCCUGAUGAGCAAGCUGGACGGCAUCAACCGGCACUCCUUCAACUCCUUCCGCCUCCGCGUCGGCAUAAACCACGGGCCCGUGAUUGCUGGAGUGAUCGGGGCACGGAAGCCUCAGUAUGACAUCUGGGGAAACACGGUCAACGUUGCUAGCCGGAUGGAGAGCACUGGAGAACUUGGCAAGAUCCAGGUUACUGAAGAGACGUGCGCCACCCUCCAGGGACUAGGUUACUCUUGCGAAUGCCGGGGACUGAUCAACGUCAAAGGCAAAGGCGAGCUGAGGACUUACUUUGUCUGUACAGACACUGCCAAGUUCCAAGGGCUGGGACUGAACUGAGGGCUUCUGUCCUCACACCUAACUUGAAGAGCUUCAAAAUGAAAAACAUCUACUCCACGUAAGCGUGCAGAGGUUGGCCAUGUGGGAAGCCAGCCCGCUCGGAAACGCUGGGACGGUCUUGCUCUGAACUGCAGGGAUCAAGGGCAAGUGCGAAAAGCCAGGUUUGCGAGCUGAGUCUCAGAGCUUCAGCUGUUGAGAAUCAGAAGUCAGCCCGAGUUGUGUAUCAAGGUGAGAAGGAAGCGAACGGCCCCCUCCUUUUGCUGGAUCAGCUUCGCUGCCUCCUCACCAGAGCGUGCCCGGGGUUUCUCCCCCAGCCGCACUCCACUACAGAGCAGGGAUUCCCAGCUCGGGGUCCUCCGGGAACCCCCCGCCAUUCUGGGAAAUCUUGCACAUGGGAGACUUCAAAAGUGGACGCAGGGCUGCAGCCAAGGGCAGGGAGGACUGCAGCUGACCCCGCGGCCUGCUCGGACCCUGGUUGCGGGCUUGUCAGCCUCAGAAGGGGCUUACCCGGUCUGCCAGAGGGGCCGGGUGCGCCAGCACCGCGAGGCCUGCGUGUCACUAGAAGAGAGAUGAACGAGGUACAAGAACUUGCCGUCCAAAGGGAUUUUAUGGCAAAAAUGCUGUUAAAGGGAAUAACCUCAUUUAAAGACUGCUUUUCUGCACCAACUUUUCAUAUAAAGGAAUGGUUUCCGGUGAGUACUGCACUGUGACCCCUACACUUAAUUGGCAGCGACCAGGGCCGCGCAGCAGGGCUCCCCUGAAGAGUUCAGGAAGGUUCUGUCACAGAUACAAUAUGGAUGCAUGUAGGUGUGCUGGGGCUGAGGCGGGCCUACUUCUACUCUGGCAAUAUUUGAGUUACUUUUAUCCUUCAACAACAGAAAUCCAGUCCUGUCUUUUAUUUCCAAUUCAAGCACGGUGCUCCAAUAAGCACAUUUUGGAAGUUCUGAGUUUCUGAUGUGCCGACCACCAUGUGGGACGGACCCUAAAAGGCACCUGCUGUCACUUUUGUUCAGUGUGUUUUCCAGGGGCUGGGCCCUUUCCUCACAGGUGUCAUUCUGUUUUACGAUAGGACAAGUACCUUUUCCAACACUGACCUUUCCUAGGGGCCAUGGGGCAGUGUGAAGGUGGCCUCCCCGACUCCAGUGAAAGUCACACCUGAAGUCUUCAUUAAGAAAAUUUCCUAACAGAAGAUCACUGAGCACUGCAUACAUGGUGUAUAUAAUAGAUCAUGUCCAAAACCAGGUUUUGAGAAGGUACAUAUGAAUAACUAGGAAUUAUUCUGUAUACUGACUAUUUAUAGAUCUGUAACAUUUGUUUCAAAAUGUUAUACUUCAUUUUUAUAAAGUACCAGCGUUUCUACUCUGUUUAGCCUUUCAUAUAUUAAAUCAGCAAUUUGGAAAAACAAUGUCCUAAAGUGUUUUGAAUUUCAGUGUUUUCUUGGUCUGCUUGAGAAGAUUACUGCCUGAAUAAUAACUGAAAGAUUAAAAUUAAGCUCUAAAAAAGACUUGAUAAAAUACAUAACAAUUUUGAAGUUCUUUGGGC